AUGAACGUCAGUACUAGUGCUCUCGGAGUCCGCAGGAGAAAGCCAAGGAGCCAAAAUAUUGACGAUGAAGAAAAUGCAUCCUUGUUAAAACUAGGGCCAGAAUUCCAACUCACACAAAUAACUAACUCCGGAGAGCAGGAACAGCUCAUAGCACUAAAUUUAUCUGAAGCCAGACUUUUGAUAAGAGCUGCAUUGAAGGAGAGAAAAAGCAAACAGGAAGCUAGACAGUUCGAAGAAGAUGAUGAAGAGAAUGAAAGAGAAGACGAAAUAGCCAACAUAGAAUUAGCAGGACCAAAUUCAAAUGAGGUGACUCACAAAACUUUGAACUACCUUUCAACGUUCAGCAGAUUCAAGAACUCUUUCUCCACCGAAACUGUGGAAAAGCUUUUGAACGAUUUCAACAGUCAAGCCACCGAGCCACUACACCCAUUUGAGUUGGCACAGUUGGGUAAUUUGGAGUGUGAGGAUGCCGAGGAGGCCAAGUCUUUGAUUCCCAGCUUGGCUAACAAAGUAUCGGAUGUUCAGCUCAAGACGCUCUUGACUGAAUUGAGAAAAUACCAGACAUUAUCGUAA